UCAGCCCGCAGAGGAUAAAAGCAGCCGCAGCUGCCUCGGAAUCGCGCUGCCGCGUCUCGGCUCCCCCUCGCUGGGUGGCCGUGCGAGGCAGUUCCAUCGGGCAUCUCUGGGCCGCUUAGCUGCGGAAGAGGCGCUCGUCUUUUUCCUUUACAGGGCUGCGGAGAUUAGAAGGCGGAAUCCAUAGCUGUGGACGCUGGAGCACACCGUUAGCAGCGGGUUGCAGCUUAUCAAAGACGAAAACCUGAACUUUAAUUCUGCGCAGUUGACUGAUACAGCUGGUAGUCUUGACGCCCUAAGCACAGGGUUCUACAAACCCGGAGGUGAGCUUUCUCAGAGGGCACCGGUUGCAGAGCUUGAACCUGAAAAAAGCCUCCACUGAAAUCGGAAGAAGGAAGAGCACCGCAACAUCUGCAGAUUAGGCUUUUAUUUCUAAAAAGCCUGAGCAUCGUGUAUUCAGAUACCCUAUCAUUGUUAGGCAUGGCUAGUAUUAUUGCACGUGUGGGUAGCCGUCGGCAGAAUGCGCCGUUGCCGCCUUGGGCCCAUUCCAUGCUGAGGUCCCUGGGCAGGAGUCUUGGGCCUUUGAUGGCCAGCAUGGCAGACAGAAAUAUGAAGUUUUUCUCGGGGAGGGCGGUGCCAGCACAGGGGGAAGAAACCUUUGAAAACUGGCUGGCCCAAGUCAAUGGGGUCCUGCCAGACUGGAAUAUGUCUGAGGAGGAAAAGCUGAAGCGCUUGAUGAAAACCCUUAGGGGCCCUGCUCGAGAGGUCAUGCGUUUGCUCCAAGCUGCCAACCCCAACCUAAGUGUGGCAGAUUUUUUGCGAGCAAUGAAACUGGUGUUUGGGGAAUCUGAGAGCAGUGUGACCGCGCAUGGUAAUUUUUUUAACACCUUGCAGGCCCAAGGGGAGAAAGCCUCCCUUUACGUGAUCCGUUUGGAGGUGCAGCUCCAGAAUGCUAUUCAGGCAGGCAUCUUAGCUGAGAAGGAUGCCAACCAGACUCGCCUGCACCAGCUCCUCAUAGGAGCUGAGCUGAAUAGAAAUCUGCGCUUCAGGCUUCAGGGUCUUCUCAGGAUGUAUGCAAAUGAGCAGGAGCAGCUUCCCAAUUUCCUGGAGUUAAUCAGGAUGAUAAGGGAGGAAGAGGAUUGGGAUGACACUUUUAUUAAACGGAAGCGGCCCAAGAGAUCUGAGUCAGUGGUGGAGGGGGCAGACAGCCCCGGAGCAUUUCAGGGCUCCCUGCCUGUAGCAAUUGGCAGUGACGACUGUAAUGUGAUAGAAAUAGAUGAUACCCUUGAUGACUCAGAUGAGGAUGUGAUCCUAGUGGAGUCUGGGGACCCUCCACUGUCAUCCCCAGGUGCUCCUCCCUUCAGGGGAAGGGCCAGAUCUCAGGACCAAGUGUUGGUCAUUGAUCCCCCCAGUAAUUUUGGAACCGAGGCUCCUUCCACCAGCAGUGGUUCUGGACAUAAGAUUAAUGGUCCUAGGGAUAUGCGCAGAGCCAGGAAGCGAAAACACACAACUCGCUGUUCCUUUUGUGGGGAGGAAGGACACUCAAAAGAAACCUGUGAUAAUGAGAGCAACAAGACCCAGGUUUUUGAGAAUCUGAUCAUCACCCUGCAGGAGUUGACACAUACAGAGGAGGAGGGGUCAGGAGAGGCCCGUGGUGAAUCCAGUGAUUCCUCUGAGCCACAGUAAGGUGCUAGCCCCCAUCCUUAAAUGAACCAUUUCCCAUAUUCAGAGUUUGGUGAUGGGAAAAUUAGGAAAGGGGGAGUUCUAAUUGCAUGAGUUAAUCUACAAAGCGGCUUUCUUUUGUCACGGAGAAGGGGUCUCAUAUUACCAGUAUAGUGGAAGGGGAUGUCCUGACCUUUAGGCUUGCUUCCUUUUCCCACUGCCUAAGAGUCUAUUUUCUGUGUGUGCCCAUUUCUUUGAUGGCUUUAUGCUCUUUGUGAAAGUUGUAUGAUUCAUUGCUAAAUCUUUAAAUGAUAAAAGUUCAAAAAGUAAAGUAUGUUACCCUUGAACUCACCACCCUUAUUUAACCAUUGUCAGCCCUUGUGGUGAAUGUCUUUCUGGAUAUUUUCCUGUACCUAUGAACCCAGAUAGAUAUAUGUAUAGAUAAAAGUGACCAAAUAUAAGUGCUGUUCUAUAUGCUGUAUUUUUUCACCAAACAAUAUAUGUUGUGAGCUUCUAUGUCAAUAAAUAUAUCAGCAUCUACUUUAA